GUGGACGGGAGAGGAAGUACAGUAGCCGGAUGGCCUCUUGAAAAUCAUAGAGAAUAGAUAGAGGCUCUAAUGGACCAAAGGCCGAAUUAGUAUGGGCAGCUGCAUUGAGGGCUUUCACCAUUUUAAUAUAGUCAACUUGGUGGGACUUCAUUGGCUGAACCCUCCUGGUGACUCUGUUGGAGUCAUGCCAGGGCAGGAUCAGCCAAUCGUGAAGAAGAACAUUUACUACUUCAAAAUGGAGAUGGCCUCAAUGGCGCUGCCCGUGCGCUCACAGACGCCAUAAUAGGAACUAUAUAGGAAUAUUUUCUCUAUGCUUGAAACUAGAAAGGAACAACAAGGAAGAGUGCCAAUUGCCGGGUUUUAAUUAAGCCAGACUUUCAAACUUUCCUGUAAUGUUGUUAUCAUAGUCAGAAGCAUCGCCUGGUGAUAGUAGGCAGGACAGGACAACUUGAUUUGUAGGUGAGGGCAGGAGUCUGCUCUUACAACCAUGGCCAACAAUGUGGAGGAUGUCGAGAACAAUAUGGCGACUGAUGCUCCAGUGCCAACCCAGAACCAGCCCACCGAGCUGAGGGUACGGGCCAGAGGUGUGGGCAGGGCGGAGCAGAACGGACAGCCCCCCCGUCACAGCCCCCCCGCAACGCUCCCCCCAGGUGGUAGAGAGCGAGGAGGACGAGGAUGAAGAGUUGACACUGAAGUACGGGGCCAAACACGUCAUCAUGCUGUUCGUCCCCGUCACUCUCUGCAUGGUGGUCAUUGUGGCAACCAUCAAGUCCGUCAGCUUCUACACCCAGAACGACGGACAGAGGCUGAUCUACACCCCGUUCCCAGAGGACACAGACACAAUAGGGCAGCGAGCACUCAACUCAGUCCUCAACGCCGCCAUCAUGAUCAGUGUCAUCAUAGUCAUGACCAUGGUGCUGGUGCUGCUAUACAAGUACCGCUGCUACAGGGUGAUUCAAGGCUGGCUGUUCUUCUCCUUUCUCCUCCUCUUGUUCUUCUUCUCUUUCAUCUACCUCAAAGAAGUGUUCAAGACGUACAACGUGGCGAUGGACUGGAUCACUCUGUCUGUGAUCGUGUGGAACUUCGGGGAUAUAGGGAUGAUCUGUAUCCACUGGAAGGGUCCUCUACGUCUGCAGCAGGCCUAUCUCAUCAUGAUCUCUGCUCUCAUGGCUCUGGUCUUCAUCAAGUACCUUCCCGAGUGGACCGCCUGGCUCAUCCUGGCUGUUAUAUCUGUCUAUGAUCUGCUAGCAGUGCUCUGCCCGAAAGGUCCUCUACGUAUCUUAGUGGAGACAGCUCAGGAGAGGAACGAACCCAUCUUCCCAGCUCUCAUCUACUCCUCGACCAUGGUGUGGCUGGUCAACAUGGCAGACACUGGCCUCGGACACAGACCACUGACCAGGAAGAACUCAACAGAAGCACCCGUCGCUCGGCCUGAUACCCCCAGCCCCCCCGUCUCUGGCCCUGGGCCCAGCCCCCCUGAGGAUGACGGAGAAUUCACCCCUAACUGGAUGGGGAAUCAGGAGCAGCUGGGGCCCCUCCAGUCCACGGACGAGACCCGACGGCAGAUCCAACAGCGCCCCUCUGACAGACCACCCAUAAUGGACGAUGAUGACGAGGAGAGGGGAGUGAAGCUGGGUCUAGGAGACUUCAUCUUCUACAGCAUGCUGGUGGGGAAGGCCUCGGCUGCAGCUAGUGGAGACUGGAACACUACUCUGGCUUGCUUCGUAGCCAUACUCAUUGGCCUGUGUUUGACUCUUCUUCUCCUGGCUGUAUUUAAGAAGGCCCUCCCUAUCUCAAUAUUCUUUGGCUUGGUGUUCUACUUCGCAUCAGACCACUGUGUCAGACCCUUUAUGGACCAGCUGGCUCUGCACCAGUUCUACAUUUAGCAGGACCCCCCCCACA